AAUUUUCAGAGCUUUGAGUUUUUUUUUCUCCCGACAGAGAAGAAGAUGGAUGACGUUAAAGAUAAGCUAAAGGGAUUCAUGAAGAAAGUCAAUCUCUCUUCUUCCUCCGGUAAAUUCAAAGGCUCAGGUAGAGUUCUCGGAUCUUCUUCUUCCUCCUCUGGACCCGUUAACCCGAUUCAAAACCGGUUUAACUCUUCCCAAGCUCCGAAUCCGACUCCUAGGCCCAAACCUUCGCCGAAUCCGAAUCCGAGUUCGUCUUCUACAGCUUCGUCGAAUUCGACGCCGUUGCCUGAGAAACCCAUAUCUUCCGGGUCAACGAUAAAACCGGAUCCUGAUCCGGUUCGUGCUCCGCAAGACGGAUUCGACCCGUUCGGCGCGUUGAUUACGUCUUCGAACAGAUCUCAGAACGGUUAUUCUCUGAACAUGUUCGAGUGUCCGAUCUGUAAAAGUCCUUUCACGUCGGAGGAAGAAGUCUCCGUCCACGUGGAGAGCUGUCUCGGGAACACCAACGGAGACGAAUCUGCGUCGGAUAAGGAUAAUCAUGAUGACGACAAAUCCGAAAUGGAGAAGCUUGUGGUUGUGUAUCUCUCUGCGAAACCAACGGAGAGCUCCAUUGAUGUUCUGCUUAGGCUGCUUAAGAACAUAGUGAAAGAGCCUGAGAACGGCAAGUUUAGGAAGGUUCGAAUGAGCAAUGCUAAGAUCAAGGAAGCCAUUGGUGACGUCGCUGGAGGCGUUGAGAUUCUUGAGCUCGUUGGAUUCGAAUUGAAAGAUGAAAAUGGAGAGAUUUGGGCGGUUAUGGAAGUUCCUGGAGAAGAACAAUCUCAGCUGAUCAAUAAAGUUGUCGGAAUUUUAGAAAACAGAAAGAUUGAAAUGCCUAGAAAAGAUGAGAUUUCAGGAACUUCAGCUCAGGUAGGUGUAGCAGAGGAACCAGUGGUUCCAAAGAAGAUCGAUAGAGAGAUUCGUGUCUUCUUCUCGGUGGCUGAAAACGUAGCAUCGAGAAUAGAGGUGCCUGAUUCGUUCUAUAGCCUCUCGGCGGAUGAAAUAAAGAGAGAGGCGGAUUUGAGGAGGAAGAAGAUUGCGGAAUCACAGCUUUUGAUCCCGAGAUCUUUCAGGGAGAAGCAAGCGAAAGCCGCUAGAAAGAGAUACAAAAGAAGUAUGAUAAGAGUGCAGUUUCCCGAUGGAGUUGUGCUUCAAGGCGUGUUUGCGCCAUGGGAACCAACCAUUGCUCUCUAUGAGUUUGUGAGCUCUGCUUUGAAAGAACCGAGUUUGCAGUUCGAGCUUUUGGAUCCUGUGCUGGUUAAACGGCGUGUGAUUCCGCAUACCCCUGCACCGGGACAGAAACAGAGAACGUUGGAAGACGAAGAGCUUGUUCCAUCAGCGCUCAUCAAGUUUAGACCCAUCGAAACUGACUCUCUUGUCUUCACAGGUCUCUGCAAUGAACUCUUGGAGAUCAGCGAACCACUCUCGUGA